AUGGAAGACAAUCCAGCAAACAAUAUUCGGCCAUAUCAGUUUGAGCUCGAAUGGCCGGCUGAUGAACACAAAGAAGCUCACCAGUUUGAGGACAACGAAGAACAGGAAUUUUUGUAUAUUGAUGAUGAACCUCUGCGCGACAAUCUUGAAUGUUGUCAAUGUGGUAACUGCCAAGUAAUGGACAAUAACGAGGAAUGUUCAUGCUGCAAAGAGAUUUCCAAUAUUUGUGGCAAAAAUGUAGAGGCAGCAGAGACGAAUGAGACCACUGAAGUCCCUUUGUGCAUUACACAACAUCCUGGUUCUCAGCCUGUUCUUCUUAACAGACAGUUGACAAGAUGGUGCUGGGGUAUCUUGGGUAGAGAAGUAAGAGUCGUCUUGCCGUCAUGUGCAGUGACUGGCAUUGGAGAAUUAUUUCCUCCACCUUGCCCUGCAGAGGAAUUUCAAUUUGAAGGCUUCCACUAUGCUUAA